GCCUUGGGGGAAAGCCUCAAAGGAAACAACAGUUUGCAGCGGCUUGAACUCUACAGCAACAAUAUCGGCGAUGCCGUCGCUAAGGCCUUCGGAGACGGGCUCAAAGAAAACAACAGUUUGCAGGCGCUUUACCUCAACCACAACAGCAUCGGCGAUGCCGGUGCUAAGGCCUUGGGAGAGGGGCUCAAAGAAAACAACAGUUUGGAGGAGCUUUACCUCAACAACAACAGCAUCGACGAUGCCGGUGCUGAG